ACUGCGCCACUUUCCGGCCGGUGGCAGAGUCGAGCUGAAGUUGUGGGGUCGAGGACGCCAUGGGGGCCACGGGCGACGCUGAGCAGCCGCGGGGACCCGGCGGGACAGAGCGGGGCAGCCUCGAGCUGGGGGAUGCGGGCGCAGCCGGGCAGCUGGUUCUCACGAACCCUUGGAACAUAAUGAUAAAGCACCGACAGGUGCAGCGAAGGGGCCGCCGCUCACAGAUGACGACCAGUUUCACAGAUCCUGCCAUCUCCAUGGAUCUCCUCCGAGCUGUCCUGCAGCCUAGUAUCAAUGAAGAGAUCCAGACUGUCUUCAACAAGUACAUGAAGUUCUUCCAGAAGGCGGCACUGAAUGUGCGAGACAAUGUUGGAGAAGAGGUUGACACAGAGCAGCUGAUCCAGGAAGCCUGUCGGAGCUGCCUGGAGCAGGCCAAGUUACUCUUUUCAGAUGGAGAAAAAGUAAUACCUAGAUUGGCCCAUGAACUUCCAGGGAUAAAGCGUGGGCGGCAGACAGAAGAAGAGUGUGCCCAUCGAGGAAGCCCCAUUCCCAAAAAGAGGAAAGGACGGCCUCCUGGACACAUCCUGUCAAAUGACCGGGCAGCCUCUGGCAUGGUAUGGAAGCCAAAAUCCUGUGAACCAAUUCGCCGAGAAGGCCCCAAGUGGGACCCAGCUCGGCUGAAUGAAUCUACAACCUUUGUAUUGGGAUCCCGAGCCAACAAGGCCUUGGGGAUGGGGGGCACCAGAGGAAGAAUUUACAUCAAGCACCCACACCUCUUUAAGUAUGCAGCUGACCCCCAGGACAAGCACUGGCUGGCUGAGCAGCAUCAUAUGAGGGCAACCGGCGGGAAGAUGGCCUACCUUCUCAUUGAGGAGGACAUCCGUGACCUUGCUGCCAGCGAUGACUACAGAGGGUGCCUGGACUUGAAGUUAGAGGAGCUAAAAUCUUUUGUCCUACCCUCCUGGAUGGUUGAAAAGAUGCGAAAGUACAUGGAGACACUACGGACAGAGAAUGAGCAUCGUGCUGUUGAAGCGCCUCCACAGACCUGAGGGGUCUCCUGUGUACACUGGGCAGCACCUCUGAGACCCUCUUCACCCAGCAUGGCUGAGGCCAUUCCUGAGACUGCUUCUCAAUGGAUCUCAGCAGCGUUGAGCUGUGCAUGGGCGAGUUUGUAGAGCAUCCCAGGACUGGCAAAUUGGUUCGAUAUUUGUAAAGUUAUUGGAAUAAGAAGCAAUUAAACAGUUUUUAAUAAA